CCUGUAACCUAAAUGGCUGUUUGUUGGUUAUUUAAUUUGUGUGGUGUAAUGUUUCGGCAUUAGUUCCAAUCAUGGUGGCAUAUUUUACACAACAAUAACAUGUGACAAGAUAACAAUGUCUUUGGUAUUUUGUUUAUAUUUCAAAACUCUUCAGGGCUCCAGCACCAGCACUACCAUACCUUCACCAACAACAGACUUUGCUCCAGUGACCUGUCUGUCAAAUGACUACCAAGGAAGACAUCAGAUUUCCAAAGAGGAGCUUGAACAUGUUCUUUCACUGAAAACCACCUUUACAGAAGCGGCAUCUAUUCUUUCAAUCUCAAGGCCAACUUUCUACAAGUUACUGCAUGACUAUAAUAUCCCAACGUCAAAAUUUAAGAGCAUCAGUGAUCAACAAUUGGAUCUUGAAGUGUCACAAAUAAAAACUGAACACCCAAAUGUUGGAGAAGUGAUGCUUAUGGGGCAUCUCCGCUCCAAAAACAUUGUGGUUCAAAGACAACGUGUAAGAGAUUCACUGCGAAGGAUGGACCCAAUUGGUGUCCUAGCCAGGAGAAGAACAGCAAUAGCUCGGCGAGUAUACUCUGUCCCACAUCCAAAUUUCAUAUGGCAUGUAGACGGAAACCAUAAGUUGAUUAGGUGGAAAUUGGUUGUUCAUGGAGCCAUAGACGGCUACAGUAGGAUGUUGAUGUUUCUUCACUGCUCCAACAAUAAUCGUGCUGAAACUGUAAGAGACCUCUUUACUGCAGCUGUUGGACAGUUUGGCAGACCACUGCACAUCAGGACUGAUCACGGAGGAGAGAACGUUCAGAUUUGGGAGGAUAUGCAUGCAAGCAGGGGGGAAGGCUCUGUCUUAACAGGAAGUUCUGUACACAACCAGAGGAUCGAGCGUUUUAACCGAGACUUGAACAAAAACUGCAGCCAUAUUUAUGCACCCAUUUUUUAUGAACUGGAAUCCCUGGGUAUCCUAGACAUAGACAAUGCAACAGACCUAUUUUGUCUCCAUUAUGUCUUUCUACCCAGAAUCAACCGUACUUUGGAGGAAUUCAAAGCUGGAUUUAACAAUCACUCUAUGUCAUCUGAAGGAAAUAGAACACCAGUUCAGCUUUUAGUCUGGACAAUGAUUUGCCUCAUCUUCACAACCCAGAACUCUCAACAGCAGGGUUAG